AUGGUAGCUGUGACUUCAAUGAUGAUGAAAGCGCCCGCAGCCCUUAACUGCGGGGCAGUCCAAAGGAAUAUUGUGGCUAAUGCAUUUCAUCUUCAAGCUCUACAGGAAACGUCCCCUACUGAAGGCGUUUCAUCUUCAAGCUCUACAAAGAUGAGCACCAAGUUUGGAGACCUGUUUGCGCUCUCAGGGCCUGCGCCGGAGAUCAUCAAUGGAAGGGCGGCUAUGUUGGUGUUCGUGUCGGCCAUUGCAGUGGAGGUGGCGAGUGGAAGAGAUUUGUUGUCGCAACUGAAUAGUGGAGGACUGUCGUGGUUUGCGUUAAUUGCAGGAUUAAUGACGGUGGGGACACUGGUGCCCCUGUUCAAUGGAAUAUCGAGGGAGAGCGAGUCGCAGCAAAUAUUUUCAUCCACAGCAGAAAUGUGGAAUGGGCGCUUUGCUAUGCUUGGCCUCCUGGCAUUGGCCUUCACUGAAUACGUCAAGGGCGGACCACUUGUGUAUACACCAUAA